AUGUUUAUUGAUGAAGCAGGCUUCAAUAUGCAUAUCAAGAGAACUUUUGGCCGUUCCGUCAGUGGCACCCUAGCUAAGACAACUGUCCCGAUGCAGAGAGGUGUGUCCAUCACCAUCCUUGGUGCAAUGUGUGAGAGAGAGAUUAUUAGCCUCUUGUUGAAGAAACCCACUGCAGUCGCAACCAAGAAGAAGAGAAAGUUGGACAUCUACACCAACAUUGAGGUGAAUAGCCGAAUUGGCACCAGAGCCCAGCACUACCUCAACUUUCUUAGUCAUACAAUGGACGUUCUGGACAGCCAGAGUAUGCAAGGACGUUAUCUCAUCAUGGAUAAUGCUCCUAUCCAUAAGGCCGAUGAGGAAAUGUGGUCCAAGAUCAAGUUUGGUGUCCACAGAGAAGAGAUUACAGAGUCAGGCGGACUCAUCUUAAGGAUUACAGAAUCAGCUAAGACUGUCACCCUUUUGGACUGUUUGGGUUGGAUUAACCAUGCCAUUUCAUUCUUUCCUUGCUGUUUGAACAGAGAGCGAAAGCUUUAA